AUGGAAGACAAGGGUCAAGUUAACAAUGACCCUACUAGUUCUCGGGGUCGAGAAAAGGCUAGCAAGGCAAAGAGGAGGGUAGAUAAUAAUACUUCCUCUUUUCUACCCUCUUUAGAGAUGACUAUGUCUUAUCCUCCACCACACGGCUAUACUGAGCUGCCACAACAUCACAAGGCAUACACCUUCAUCCAGACACCAGGUCUUUUAUCACAGGGCCAUAGGACUAUACUUCCGACAUACAGUCCAGGUGCCUCACAGCCACGUGGAUCGCAACCAUCUACAUCACAAUCACAUGGAUCGCAGGCAUCUGCAUCACAGUUACGUGGAUCGCAUCCCUACAUAUCACAGCCACAUGGAUCGCAUCCAUCCAUAUCACAGUCACUUGGGUCGCAGCCAUCAGUAUCACAACCACAUGGAUCGCCUCUAGCUAUGUCGCAGUCACAGGGAUUGCAACCAUCUUCAUCAUCGACUCCAUCCAUUUCAGGCCUUCGCCUGCAGAAGAUCAUCAUAGUCCCUGAGGGUGACGGUUCAAGCCGGAGCAAGUGUGUAUGGGAAGACCGCUAUAGCGUGGAAGUGGCUGCAAAUUUUUAUCAUAAAGCUCGCAAGAGAUUGGCGGAUUUUUUCUCGGAUGCUAGAAAGAAGAACAAGAGGCCUGGCUAG